AAAAGCACUGAUCGUUCCAUCACAGAGGUAUUUUCUUUUCCAGGCAAACAUGAAGAAAGACAAGAUGAACACGGGUUCAUUUCCAGAUGUUUCACAAGGAAAUACACGCUGCCUCCUGGCAUUGAUGCAGCCGUGGUCCGAUCGUCACUUUCCCCAGAUGGCAUGCUGACAGUGGAAGCACCCUUGCCCAAACCAGCCAUUCAGUCUGCAGAGAUCACAAUCCCAGUCACUUUCGAAGCCCAUGCCCAGAUCCCUCCAUCGGAUGUCAAGAAGCCUGAGGAGGCCACCAAGAAAUAAAGAGCUCUCGAAAUUCACAAGUCUGGUAUAGAAAAUGGGCAUUUAAAAUCUCCCAUAUAUUCCAUUUUGUAAAGACAUCACUGUAGUCAGGCUUCCAAAUAAAACUCUAAAACCCCUAUA